GUUUAACCAGUCGGACUGUCCCCUGACUUUUUAAGCAGCAUUUUUGAAAGAAGAAUAAAAAAUAAAAAACAUCAGUCUGGGAUUUUACAGAUAGAAAAAGAAAACUCGGUUGUUUUCUCCUCUUCUUUUCAUUGACAACGCUCCAAACUUUCGCUUUAAGAAGGCGCGUCUACGCUGCGGUGUGUUUAUCACAGCCCUUAAAGUGGCACAUGGAAACGAGAGGUGAUCGGUGCAUGGAGGAAACCUCCGGCAUUUCUGCUUAGUGUGAGGAGACGCUUCCGUGAGGCUGAUCCACGGAGCGUGUUUUGUUCUGAUUGUGGGUAUAUAUGCGGCAGCCCCCACACCGCGCCGCGCCGCGCAGGGAGGGAAAGGAUCAGCAGAUUCCGACAGAUGGACGGACUGUGGUGGGCUCGAGAUUUAAAGGAAGCAUGAAAUAGUCAGCCGUCAAAAAGGUGCAGCACAUUGAAGUGGCAUGGAGGCACCGCCGGGGACGAGCUGCUGUGAGCCCACCUUGGCCAAUUGGGAGUGACCGAGUCGCCAAACUGGUUGGGAUGGCAGCAUCCAGUAACUCAAGCCUCUCGGGUUCAUCGGUUUCCUCUGAUCCUGAUGACUAUCAGCCACCCAUAUGGAAGUCAUACUUGUACCAGCUCCAGCAGGAAGCGCCAAGACCAAAGAGGAUCACAUGUCCUCAGGAGAUGGAGAGCAGACCCAAGUACUAUGGCAGAGAAUUUCAUGGGAUGAUAUCUCGAGAAUACGCAGAUGAGCUGCUGGCAGGCAAAGAGGGUGCGUACCUCAUCAGGGAGAGCCAAAGACAGCCAGGGACUCACACCUUGGCCUUAAGCUUUGGACACCAGACCCUCAACUACAGAUUGUUUUAUGACGGCAAGCACUUUGUCGGGGAGAAGAGGUUUGAAUCCGUCCAUGACUUGGUGACAGACGCCCUCAUCACCCUUUACAUUGAGACCAAGGCAGCGGAGUACAUCGCCAAAAUGACCACCAACCCGAUCUAUGAGCACCUUGGCUACACGUCGCUGCUCAAAGACAAAAUGGUGCACAGGCUGAGCCGUGGACGCACGGAGCCUCGCAGGGUCACCUUCCAGAGUGAUGACAGGAUCUCCUCACCUGUGGUGCGACGGAGUGCCUUGAAAGACACGCCUGAGAAGCUGAGCUCCUAUGAAAAGAUUCACAACUUCAAGGUACAUACCUUCCGUGGGCCACACUGGUGCGAGUACUGUGCCAACUUCAUGUGGGGCCUCAUUGCCCAGGGUGUCCGUUGCUCAGAUUGUGGCCUGAAUGUACACAAACAGUGCUCCAAACUGGUUCCCAGUGACUGCCAGCCGGACCUGCGCAGAAUUAAGAAAGUGUACAGCUGUGAUCUCACCACCCUUGUCAAAGCUCAUAACACCACAAGACCCAUGGUGGUGGAUAUGUGCAUUCGAGAGAUAGAACUCAGAGGUAUGAAAUCUGAGGGUCUGUACAGAGUGUCUGGCUUCUCGGAGCACAUUGAGGAUGUUCGACUUGCUUUUGACCGAGAUGGUGAGAAGGCGGAUAUCAGUGCCAGUGCCUACGCAGACAUCAACAUAAUUGCUGGUGCUUUGAAGCUCUACUUGAGAGACCUUCCCAUUCCAGUCAUUACAUUUGACUUGUACUCCAAAUUUAUUCAAGCUGCAAAACUUCCAAAUGCUGAAUCCAGACUGGAGGCGAUACAUGAGGGACUGCUGCAGCUUCCCCCGGCGCACUAUGAAACCUUACGUUACCUGAUGGCUCACCUCAGAAGGGUAACGACAUUCGAAAAGUACAACCUAAUGAAUGCAGAGAACCUGGGGAUUGUCUUCGGCCCGACUCUUAUGCAGCCUCCGGAGCAGAACGCGUUGACAACCCUGAAUGACAUGAGGCAGCAGAAACUGGUGGUGCAGCUCAUGAUCGAACAUGAAGAUGUCUUAUUUUGAGGGCUGAGGGCUGCAGAAUUGGAGGCGAUGAACAAUUAUUUAUUCUGUCAAAGAGGAAAGUCAAGCCAACUGUAUUAAAGUGAUACUCUGAAAUGUUUGCGAUCAAACCGUAUAUGAAACGCUUUCUAUUUUAUUUAAUUUAAUUUUUUUGGCAUGAUGGACUUAGUUGAUUUUGUUGUUCCUGUAAGUUUGGGGUUUGCAAACUCAGCCAAGAGCACCAUUUUUUUACAUGAGGCAAUAAUGAUGUA